AUGAAACCAGUUCUGGGAAUGAAAUUUGAAUCACCAGAACAACUGAAAUUUUCUUUGGUUAAUUAUGUUGUAGCUAAUGGGUACCAGUUCUGGUACUACAAAAAUGACUGUCAGUCCUUGCUAGUGAAAUGUGAUAGAAAUAUGGAGGAAGGUAGGUGUUCAAGCAAGAAAGGCAAUAAGAAUAAGAUAGUAGGAAGACAGGCAAGAAAUUUGAAGAUGGGAAAAGGGUCAACUGAAAAAAAGAUCAAAACACUAAUAGAUGAGGAUUAUUGUUUAAGAAAGUAUAACUUAGGGCCUUUAGUAACAUGUAAAUGGAUUGCAGUGCAUUAUGCAAAGAGGAUACUUGAGGAUCGUAAGUUAACUUAUAGAACUUUGCAACGGGAUAUCAAGGAGAGGUUUUUGAUAGAUGUUUCCCUUGGACAAUGUAAAAAAGGAAAGCUUUGGGCUCUUCAUGAUUAUGGGGGUGGUUUAAAAGAGCAUUAUGCAAAAUUAUGGGACUACAGACAGGAACUUUUGAGAUCAAACCCAAGUUCAACAAUUGCAUUGGAUGUGGAUUCAGAUGGAAGCCCAUACUUUAAUAGAAUGUAUAUUUGCUUCAAAGGUGUGAAGGAUGGAUGGUUGAGUGGGUGUAGGAAGGUAAUUGGAAUAGAUGGAUGUUUUUUAAAGUCAACAGUCACAGGUAUGUUGCUAACUGCUGUGGGCAGGGAUGCAAAUAACCAAAUGUAUCCUAUAGCAUGGGCAGUGGCUGGAGCUGAAAACAAAGAUACAUGGAAUUGGUUCCUAUCCUUAUUGCAUGAUGAUUUGAGCUUGAAUGAGGGGACAAAUUUGACUAUAUUUUCAGAUGGACAUAAGGAUUGUUGGAAGCAGUUGGUACAUGGCUUCCCAAUGCAGAACACAGGCAAUGUGAAUCUGUUUUGGGAUGCUGCUUAUGCAACAAUUGAGGAACACUUUCUCAACAGGAUGGAAGAGAUCAAGAACAUGGACCAGAUGGCUUAUGACUACUUGAUUGAAAGGAACCCCAACACAUGGUGCAGAGCAUUCUUUCAAAUGGACAGAUCCUGUGCAACAUUUGAAAAUGGUAUUGUUGAAAGUUUUAAUUCAAAGUUAGUUGAUGUUAGACAUAAACCAAUUAUUACCAUGUUUGAAGAGAUUAGGGUGUAUGUAAUGCAAAGGUUAGUUACUAUGAGUAAGCUAGCUAUUGAUUUAGAAGACUCUAUAUGUCCAUCAAUUAGGAAACACAAAGAAGUAAUGAAAACACAAUCUGCAAGAUAUUGGAGGCUUAUGGUUAGUGGAUACCAGGAAUAUGAAGUGUACAAAGUAGAUGAUUCUCUUGAUGUGAACUUGCAAACAAAAAAGUGUGAUUAUAGAAUGUGGGAACUCAGUGGGCUACCAUGUGUACAUGCUGUUGCAGCAUAUAUGUUUAUCAAAAUGGACCCAACUGAGGGAGUAAGUCCAUGGUUUGAGAAGGCAAAGUGGCAAGAUGCUUAUGCAUACUCAAUUAGGCCAGUGAGGGGCUCAACACAUUGGAGAAAGGUGAGAAAUGAACCACCUUUACCACCUAUCCAGAAGAAAAUGCCAGGAAGGCCCAAGAAAAAGAGGGUAAGACAUGCAACAGAAGAUCCUAUUAGAGUGUCAAGGGUUGGAAGACAAAUGACUUGUAAGAUAUGCAAUGAAAAAGGUCAUACCAGGAGGACAUGCAAACUGAAACCAUCAUCCAGUUCAGCUGCACAGGAGACACAACAAAUGGAAGAGGAUGCAGAUCCUAUACCUCAGGAAAUGGACAGAAAUGCAGAACAUGAUGAGCAUGUACAUAUGGAAGAGGGUGCAGAUCCUAUACCUCAGAAAAUGGACAGAAAUGCAGAACAUGAUGAGCAUGUACACAUGGAAGAGGAAAUGGAUAGAAAUGCAGAAAUGGACACCAAUGUGGAAGAGCAUUUGGAUGAUUUUGCUACACAAGAAGACCAGAAUGAUUUUGCUACACAAGAAGACCAGAAUAUGUCACAAUCCUCCAACAAAAGAAAGAAGCCCAAACGUAGAAACCCAUCACAAAGGAUUGCUAGAAUGAAGCUGGCAAAGGUAGUUGUUGCUAAGGAUGGUAGUGGUACCUCAUCAAAGCCAAUUGUGAUGGAGUAA